AUGAAUGUAGAUUUCACGUGUGUUCCAGGAAAGCAAUCUGCAGCUGCUCAGACAUGGGAGGACAUCCUCAAGGACCAUCCAACCGACCUUAUUGCAAUCAAAUUCGCUCACGACACCUAUUUCUACCUUGGUGACUCGAAAAAUAUCCGCGAUUCGAUCAAGGCUGUCAUGCCAAAACACAAAGGAACCGAACCGUGUUACAGCUUUCUCCACGGAAUGUUAGCUUUUGGACUGGAGGAGUGUGAGCAAUAUGCUGAGGCUGAGAAGGAAGCUUUGAAGGGUUUGGAACUGAAUCGCUUCGACUGCUGGUCCACCCAUGCACGUGCACACAUAAUAGAAAUGCAAGGGCGAUUCGAUGAAGGUAUUGCAUUUAUGGAGAGCACCGAAGAAGACUGGAAACGAGGAUGGAUGCUGGCCGCGCAUAAUUACUGGCAUGCAACCCACGCUCUGUAUUACGCUGAAAAGGACAUCCUGAGUACGCACUCGGAGAAUUUUAUGACAGGCAAAUCAUACCACGUGCAAAGAAAAGCGGUGCCAUGUUGGAUAUUGUGGAUGCGGCAUCGAUGCUAUGGCGUCUUGAACUCGAAGGUGUCGCAGUGGGAAAUAGAUGGCGCGAUUUCGCGGACCUCUCGUCCCAUCUCGAUGACCAUGCGCUUUUCUUCAACGAUAUUCAUAUGGCCAUUGUGCUACGAGAAGCUGGCGCUGGAUUCGAAAAACAAGAACAACGCUUGCAUCAGACCCUACUGGAUUUCGCAGAGUAGGUUUUGGAAUAUUUAUUAUGUCGAGCUGAACGACCCUCUUUUGUGA